AUAACAGUCUGGCAACUCGAUCUGGUUGCUUGGGCCAAGUCAGGCAGCACUGUUUGUUUGUUUAUUGUUUGGAUUCUGCCGCGAAUUGUUAAAAAACGAAUUAGUAUUAAUUAUUCCUAUAAAUGGAUCCUAAUAUAAAGAACAUCGAUCUUAGACUUGAUAACGUUGAGGUGUUGACCACGGGAACAGCUGCAGAGUUUGUGAAUGGCAUUCUGGACUUCCUCCUCUUUCAACGCCGCCAGAUUCCCUUUGUGUAUAAAACCUACAAAUAUUAUGUGGAAAAGUGGUCGGAUGAGAACGAAAUGAAUGAGCGUGACUCUUUUUCCCAUUAUCAGCUCAACCAGCAACGGUCCAGGGCUAAGGCGACAAAGGAAUCCAUCAGCGACAUGAGAGAGCUCAUUCGUAAUGCUUUCAGGACCUCGGAUGUGAAGAGUCUGAGGUUUCUUUUUGGCACGAACACUUUUAUGCCAACAGAGUCUUACACUCUGCACAUCCCCCACGACUCCAUAUCAAGGCAUCACUUUUGCGAACACCAUGCACUCCCCGAAGGUCGCAUUAAUCAGACCCUGCUCCGACUACUCACCUGCGAGGAGCUAUACACGCUCUUUUCCACCGAACUUAAUGCCACUAAUGUGUUCUUAGAAAUGGAACUCUUUAAGGACACGGAAAACACCCAUGAAAAACAGCAAGAAACGGGGAACUGGAUCCCCAAGGAUGUACUUAGUCAACUACCCCGCAGCUGCAAGAAUGUCCACUUGCACCUUCUUCACGAAAACGACAGUGCCGCUGCGGCGUUGAGAUGCUGUAGGCAACUCGACAUUUAUGAGGAUCUAGGUUUGCUGAAUCUGGACAAGUCGGACGAAGAAAGUGACAAGAUCCAACAUUGCGGUCAGUCUUCCAAGGAAAUCAGCGGGUGGUGGCAGGCGGAGGUCAUAGUGCGCGGUUUCAAAACUCCUACAAAUCAAAAAGCCACUGACAUGUGGACCAGCUAGCAAUGUUAGUAAUUGAAGCAGCCAUCUUUCAUUAAGUUCGCCAUUUUGUGCACGUGCCAAUAAAAAUUUCUCACAUCAUGUUCAUA